AUGUUCAUAAAUCACAUCUUCUAUCUCGACAAUAACAAAAACUCAACUAAAAAAAAAAAUCUACUCCUAAUAUCUUUAUUCUUCUUACUAUUAAACUUAUCGAACAAUGUCAACGCUGAAACUGAUACAAUCAACGAAGCUAACACUGAAAAUAAUGAUUCAACAACUACAAUCGAAGACGCUGUAGAAAUAAUAACUGUUCAAAAUACUGCUGAAACAACUACAGGCCUGGAAGAAAUAACAACAAACACCGAAAAUAUCCUUGAAGAAACAACAACAAAUGCCGAUGAUACUGCUACAGAUGCCGUACUUCCAACUCUUCAAACAACCGACGACUCCACUGAAACUCUCGAUUUACCUUCCGUAACCUCAACUUCUGAUUCAGACUCAGACUCAGAUUCUUCAUCCUCAUCCUUAUCAAGCGAUUUGCCCACUCUAACCACAGUAUCUAUUCCCUCUGUAACCCCAACAAUCCCUCCAAACAACGACAACCCUUAUAUCCAAAGAUCCUCCUACAAAAAUGGCACAACCUUCAUAAUAAUCGGCUCAAUCAUAGCCUUCCUACUCUUUCUAAUGAUUAUCAUCAACUUGUACUUUUUCCUAUCCUCAAGAAAAAUUGCAAACAAAGAAAGAAAAAAUAAACUCAUCGAAAACAAUAAAUACUAUGGAAAAAUGAUCAACGGCAACUUUUUAAAUGAAUCAACCUUCUUAUCUGACUCUUCAAAUGGUUCUAAUGGCUCCAAUGGCUCAAACUCAGCUUCCUCCUAUGACAAUGAUAAAGCUGAAAAGGGCCUUCUCAAUUCAAACCCAAACAUUAGUAACCCCCAUCUCUCUACAAUUUCCAACAAACAACUCAACAAUAACACAAACACUUCUCUAGAUGAACUAUGUUCUCCCGUUGGUAGAAAAUACAGAAACAGUUACUCUCUAACUAAUCUAAACCUAAUCAACAACAGCAACAACAACAAUGUCAACAACCCCAACGGCAAAAAUGACUCCUCAAAAUCUUUGAAAAGACACAGCCCAAUUAACAAAAAACACCUACAUCUCUCUAUCAAAGAAAUGAAAGAUAAAUCGAGAAACUCCCUCUUUAUCUCCCCAGUAACAGAAAUAAUGUACCAAACUCAACAAAAUAACCAGUCCCAAUUCCAACAACAACUACAUCAACACUACAACUCUCAAAACCCAAGUUUAAUUGGAAACUCCUUUUACCAUCAAUCAAUUAAUAACUCAACUAUAUUAUCCGACCCUUCACCUGAUCAAACCCCAAUAAUACCGGAUGGUAGCAUAUACACAAAAGAUAAUCACAAACAUUCAUAUUCUGAUGUCACAAGUAACCUAACUUACUUGAAUAAUAACAGUAACAGCAAUAAUAAUAGCAAUAACAAUAGUAACAAUAAUAUAAAUAACACAAAUAACGCAAGUAACUCUAAUAACGCAAAUAACACAAAUCCUAAUACCGUUAAUCCUAUAACUCCAAAUCUGCCUUACAUUAACAACUCUAACAAUAACUCUAAUAAUAAUAACAAUAAUAACAAUAAUAAUAAUAAUAACAAUAAUAACAAUAAUAACAAUAAUAACAUAACCUCUUUAAAUAGAAGCUUUUCAUUGUUAUCCAGUCAAACGGCUAACACAGCAAAUUCAAAAACUCAUAGGAAGAAGACUCCCAGUGUCUAUCUUGAUCAAUUAUUCGAUUUAAAUGAAGUUUCAACUGAAGUUGCAACUGAAGAACAAGGUUCGCUUAAAUCAAAGAAAAACCUCAAGCCUUAA